AUGAUGGUUCGGAUCAACCCCGACGGCUCCUCUUACACGGGCGAGUGGAAGGAUGGUUUCCCCCACGGCCACGGCGAGUGGAAGGCUGCCCCGCCCUCCUGCGAGAGCUACGUGGGAGAAUGGAAGCGCGGCAAGAAGCACGGCUUCGGCAUCAUGAAGUUUGCCAGCGGAGAUUGCUUCGAGGGCGACUGGGCCGAUGGAAAGUUCCAAGACCGGGGCAAGUACACCUACCUAAACGGCGACGAGUUCCUGGGGCUCUGGGAGAAGGGUGUGAAGCUCAGCGGCACCUUCUACCACAAGGAUGGCCGGAUAAGCACUCGGAAGUGGCAGAACGGCAAGCUUGUCUCCUGUCAGGACUUCGACUCGCGCAAGAAGGCGUACCAGCCAACCAUGACCCACACGCAGGUGCAUGACCCUCAGCGGACGCAGUACGGGGCCACAGCCUGGGCCCCCGGCCGCGGCCUUUUCAGCUCGCAGAUAGGGAGGAUGGCGGCGGAGGGCGCCAACGUAGCCGUGGUCGAAGAGAGCAAGGAAUGGGGCGCUGUUGCAGAGUCGGAGGAUGAGGGCAAUGACGAGAAGCAGGAGAAGCACGCGUCGGAGUCCUUCCAGGCUCGGGAGCAGCGGCUCAGUGUCGCCGCGGAGGUCCGGAAGGACGAGCAGAUUUUGGGGGACACCCAGGUGGAGGUGGUGAAGCAGCCGGUGGAGUGGCACGGUGGCGCGGACUCCGAUGAGGAGGGCGCAACUUCCCGAGAAGCACAGAGCCGAGAGGGGAAGGCGGUGCGCCGGAUGUCCGAGUCCUUCCAGAAGCGGGAGAGCCGGCUGAAGCAGGGCGCCGUGGUGCGUAGCAGUUUCAGCCAAAGUGCUGGAGGCUGAUCCCGCAGCUCAACUUGAUGCCGGGUGAAAGAACCUAGUUGUGACGCCGUGCACGGAGGCAGUUGUUCAAUUGAUGUGAGCAGAAGCCGGCGCACGCCUACUUAAUCCAAUUCCAAAUCUGAUUGGUUGGGCAAACUUCGGCAGUUCGCUUCUUCGAAAGCGUGGAACCGCUGCAUGUGGG